GUGAAGAUCGCGUGGUUGACCAUAUAUGCGAAAAAAUGAGUAAAGAUCUGUUCACGGUGCUGGAGAGCCCCGAGCUGGGCCGGUACGGAGUCGCCAGGCGUAACUUGAGGGCCGGAGAGAUCAUCUUCGAGGAGCAAGUGUUCGCGAUCGGUCCCAAAGCGAGCACGUCGCCGCUCUGCCUGGAGUGCGCUAGCCCGGUAGAAAGCGGGGCCGACGGACCAAAGUGUCCCCAGUGUGGGUGGCCACUGUGCGGGGAAUGCGUCGGGAGUGUCGUGUACCAUAAAGGAGAGUGCGAGCUGUUUGUGCAGCACAAGGUCAAGUUUCAGAAUCAGCAGAAUUCGGACGGUUGUUGUGCCCAGUUGGAUUGCAUAACUCCGUUGCGGGUACUUCUUGCGAAGGAAGCUGACCCGGAACGAUGGAACGCGGAAAUCAGUAUGAUGGAAGAUCAUCGGGCGGAGCGUUGUGGGAGCGUGUACUGGAAUGCGGAUCAGAAUAAUGUUGUCAGAUACUUGCGUCUUGCUUGCGGGUUGAAGGAUCGCUGCUCGGAAGAGCUGAUUCAGCAGGUGAUUGGGAUCUUGGAGGUGAACGCGUUUGAGGCACGAACCCACCGGGGAUACGCAGUGCGGGGUUUGUACCCAAAGUUGGCGAUCAUGGCGCAUUCGUGCGUGCGGAAUGUGGUGCAUUCGAUUCAUCCAAGCAAGGAUUACAGGCUCAUAGCGAGAACGGCGAUCGACGUUGAGGAAGGUGGAAAGCUGUACACCAGCUAUACUUUUGCGCAGGAUCCAACCCACUACAGGCAGACAACGCUGAAGGACUCCAAGUACUUUUCCUGCCAGUGCGAGCGCUGUUUGGAUCCAACAGAGUUGGGAACUUACUUCAGCUCUCUGAAGUGCCGGAAGUGUAACAAGGGAUCGAUGGUGUCGAGUAAACCAACAGACGAGGAAGCCGAAUGGCACUGCACGAGCUGCGAUCGCGUACUCGAAGCAGACGCAAUGGCCAUCGUAACAAAGGUGAUGCAGGACGAUGUUGGCAAGAUCGUCUACAUGGAGUCCGGCACGGAGCGGCUGGAGAGCUAUGAGCAGGCAUUCGCAAAGUAUAGCGCCGUGCUGGAACCACUGCACUACCUGUUGACCUCGAUUCGGCAAUCUCUGAUCGAGUUGUACGGACGGGUUCCAGAAUACCGACUGCACGAGCUGUCCGAUGCCAAGCUGGAGCGGAAGAUCGCACUGUGCAAAGACAUCAUGCGCGUGCUGGACGUGUUUGAGCCAGGAAAGACACGAUCGCGUGCGAUAGUGCUGUACGAACAGCACGCGCCAAUCGUGGUGCUGAGCCAGUCGUUGCUUGAUCAGGGUAAAAUUGACAUCGACACGAUGAAGGUUCGGUUCGAAGAGGUGGUCGUGAUGUUGGAGGAAUGUGCCGAGAUCUUGGAGUGGGAAGAUCCGGCGACGCCGGAGGGUACGCUGGCGAAUCUGGUCAAGGAGUCGAUCGUCAAAUUGACUCUCUAAAUUUAGGUACGGUUUUUUUUUGAAUAAUCAAACACCAAAUCAAGCGAAUCCUGCUUUUCGUUGACUAGUCAGCGUAACAGAAGACUGCAUUUUGUAUACAGAUGUAGUUUAGGUCAGACUUGCUUACCGUCAACUCGGACGAAUCGGGACUACAUAAACUUUAUACGCGAUCUUUCGGUAUUAUUGCGUCGUGACUUGCCCAGUGUAUCCAACCAACCAUGCCAAAUACUCAGUCUUUCGUACAAACUGCACUUUGUACGUUGGGAAAAGUGAAGUUCGUAAUAGGAACGACUACCGGCGAUGAGUGCCUUCUAUUUUUUCUGUUUCAGUUGUUGUACGACAUCAUCAACGAUCUACAAACUCCGGGGUUCAAUGCGAAACCAAUGAGACUCGAUUCUUCUUGCCAGCAGGUUCUUCGUCUUCGCCACAUUCACGGUUCUCUGCUUUCUUCUUCAAUUGGUCAGAUUGUGCCCGACAAGACUCUGUUAUGCACAACACGGCAAACGAAUGCCUCGAACUGCGCUUUGAUGAGGUUGAUGAUCGUCUCUGGGACACCCUUGCGCCCAAGAGUUUCCCAGAGGUUUUCGCGGUUGGGCGGUCAAAUGUUUUUUCAUAAUCUACGAAAACCAGGUGAAAGGAUUUUGAAAUUCGAGGAAGUUUACGAAGUGUCACUAUGUGAUUCAUGCAUGACCGGGCACUCCGGAACUCUGUUUGCUGCCACCAAAGAGACUCGUCGAUCUUCGAUUUGAUCCUGCAUACGAUAGCCUUACCGAGAUCAUUCAAAACUAUGCACAGCAGCAUGAUCCCACGCCAGAUGUCACAGUUGGCGAGAUCCCCUUCUUUAGAAGCACCGCCUCGAACGCUCUGUCAAUAAUGUCCAUGUCGUCGGCGAAGUAGAUGAAUUGGUUGGAUUUGAUGAAGAUCGUGCUCCGCAUGUUAAAGCCCCCAAGUCAAACACUUACCUUCUUUAUGUUGUCUCUACAGUUGAAGAUCAUCCAGAGUCCGAA